AUGACGACGGAACUGAAUGAGAAUCGAUGUACCGUGGCAGAUUUAUUGAGCAUGAUGUCCGCAGUCGUCGAAUACCCGUUAGCUCCUCUGCCAGUGGUUCAUCCCACGCUGCAGCUACUCGUGCAGGCCACUACGGCAAUCUUCAUAAGCUCGGACUUCGACGACGAAGUCCCCUACACGGUCUACGCAUCCUGGGAAUCGUCCAAUCGUCCAGCUGGCCAGCUUCCGGAGCUCAUCGAUCACGUGCUGCGAUCGUUGGAAAACGAACAAAUCGUACUGCAGCUCAUCCACCACAAAUCGAUCCAGACGCGUCGUCCUCGGGUGACCAACGUGUUCUUCGUGGAUGGACUGAAAUCUUUCGAAGAACUGCACGGCACCAUUCGAUCCACGCAGUACAACUUUGCCGGGAAGUUUGUCAUCAUUGUACUGAUCGAGGGCAGAGAAGCCAAAGAAGCUUCCGUAGCAGAGCGUAUCCUUCAAUUGAUGUGGCAGUACUACGUAGUAAACGUCGAUGUGCUUUUUGGGUGUCCGCAAGAAGUCCGCAUGUACACGUAUUUCCCGUUCAAUCCCGGAUCUUGCGAGAAGGUCAAAUCGGAAACGUGGAACACGUUUCGCGAUGGGCGAUUUCUUCUCCCAAGAUCACACUUUCCGCCAAAGUUGUACAAUUUUCACGGUUGUCCUUUGACCGCUGCCGUCUACACAUACAGUGCUUUCAUGCGUUUGCAGCACGGACCUGGGGAAACUAUUGCCGGACUGGAUGGCGUAGAUGCCGUUGUGCUGCGGUACAUGUCAAAAAAGUUAAACGCCUCGAUCGUUCCACGGGAGGUACCCAACGGUUUGCGGUUCGGACUUAUUUUCGAGAACGGAACAUCAACCGGAGCUAUGAAGAUGGUCAUCGACGGAGAGGUUAACUUUACUUUGGGAUUCUUCGGAUAUAAUCAACUACGUAUGCGAUACAUGUCACUGACUCAUAACUACCACUUCACCGAGCUGGUCGUGGUGGUUUCGGCUGGUGAGGCGUACGAAGCAUUUGAAAUGCUUCUGCUGCCGUUCACCAACAAACUGUGGUACGUAUUUCUCGGUUGUCUAGCCACCGCUUCACUGGCGAUUGCUGCCAUCGGUCAGAUGAGCACAACAGUCCGCAAUUUCGUAUUUGGAACCCGCAUUCGAACGCCUGGCGUGAACCUCCUGAACAUCCUCUUGGGGGGAUCCCUUUCCGUACUACCCACACGAAACUUCGCCCGUUUUCUGCUGAUUCUGUGGGUGCUCCACGGGUUGAUUAUGCGAACAGUCUACCAACAAGCCCUAUUCAAUUUUCUCCAGCUCUCCCCCAAUCAUUCCACGAUCUCAACCCUAAAGCAGCUCAUCGACGGCCGGUACCCAAUCUAUCUGAUAUCUAGCGAAGCGUACGUUUUCAACAACAUGCCCGAGUUCCAACCCCAGAUAAGGGUCGUCCCCAGCGCAGAGAUUCAAAACUACGAUGACGCCAUUCGCCGCGGACAGCUGCGCGGAGCACGAAUCUCCAACUACGAGAAGGUCCUGUACGACAACGCGAGAUUUGCCGACGGGCGUUACCUGCGGAUGCUGAAGGAACGGCUGUACAACUACGCCAUUUGCGUGGGACUGCGGCCGAACUCCUGUCUCACGAAGCCGUUCGACGACACCCUACUGGAAAUAAUUCCACAUGGAUUCGUGCGGGCGUGGGUCAACCGGUACGUGAACAAAAAGUACGCCACGGUUCCAGAACCUGUGGACGAACGAAAACAACUGACCGUUCAGCAACUGUUGGGAGCCUUUCAGCUGUGGGCGAUAGCUUUAGGCUGGAGUUGUAAAUCUCAUCAGCAGAACUGUUCGGUAAUUAUUUCACCAAUUUUCUGUGAUUGUCAAACUGUCAAAGCCACCAACAAUCUGUAA